UCUCCGUACAGGAAUGUGUAAACUGCAUUACGUCAGUUAUCCUGCCAGCGGCAAGAAAGCACCUCCGUCCAAGAGAAGUUAGGUUGCCUAUUUUCUGCGGAGAAUUAAAGGGAUUUGUGUUUUUUUCCCUCUCGUGCUCAGAGUUGGGGGGGUUUGGGAGUCUUGGCCGCUUGACGACGGGGAGGAAUGAAAGUCUGAAGCGGCGCAUCGCAGCUCUCCUGCUUCUUCAGCAUGAGAAGUUUGUAAAAAAGUAUCUGAAAAUCGACGACACUCUCAGAAAGUAGAUGGAGGAACCAGAAGGUACAGAUAUUUGUUACUGUGCGGGCUGUGGAGAAAAAAUUCAAGACUCAUUUCACACGAAAGUCCUCCAAGACAUCUGGCACAACGCCUGCUUUCAGUGUUCUGUGUGCUGUGACCACCUGACGAACUGGUACUACGAGAAGGAUGGCAAGCUGUACUGUCGCAAACACUACUGGGAGAAGUUUGGAGAGCUCUGUCAUGGUUGCUCUCUGCUCAUGACUGGACCUGCCAUGGUGGCCGGAGAACACAAGUAUCACCCUGAGUGCUUUGAGUGCCUGAGGUGCAAGGUGGUGAUUGAGGACAGGGAUACCUACGCCUUGGUGGAGCGAUCAAAACUCUACUGUGGAAAGUGCUACAAGCAGGUGGUCCUUACACCCAUGUUGGAAAAGCGUUCACACGACUCGGUGCUGGACUCGCUGCCCCACACGGUAACCCUGAUUUCGAUGCCGUCUGCAGCCAAUGGCAAGAGGGGCUUCUCCGUCUCAGUGCUGAGGGAUGUCAACGGCUCAGCGAGUGUCCAAGUCAAAGAGGUCAGAGGGAUGCUUAUUAGUCCAGAGGUGCGAAAUGCCAUUCAUGUUGGAGACAGGAUCCUGGAAAUCAAUGGUCUUCCAGUGGGGACGCUGAUGGAGGAGGAGGUGGACGAUCUUAUCCACCGCACGAGUCACACGCUGCAGCUGCUUAUAGAGUAUGACCCAGUCAGGCAGCGUUUGGAUCGCCUCAGACUGGGAUCACCCAGGAACCAGCUGGGAGUCCCAGCCACCUCCCGCAUGCGUCUGUCCUCACCUUCCGAUGCAGUCCUGGAGAGAACGGACGUGGUUGAUGAAGGCACGCUGAAAAGGAGGUCUUUGAGGCGGAGUAACAGCAUAUGUAAAUCUCCUGGGCCAAAUUCUCCCAAAGAGCUGCCUUUUAUUACAAGAGACAUUGGGCGCUCUGAAUCCUUGCGGUCCUCCAGUAGCUGCUCUCAUCGCAUCUUCCGGCCAUGUGAUCUCAUCCAUGGAGAAAUCUUAGGAAAAGGUUUCUUUGGACAGGCCAUUAAGGUGACCCACAAAGCCACAGGAGAGGUGAUGGUGAUGAAGGAGCUGAUCCGUUGUGAUGAGGAGACCCAGAAAACUUUCCUAAAGGAGGUCAAAGUAAUGCGGAGCCUCGAUCAUCCCCACGUUUUGAAGUUCAUUGGUGUGCUAUAUAAGGACAAGAGGCUCAAUUUGAUAACUGAGUUUAUCGAGGGAGGCACCCUGAAGGAUUUCAUCAGAGACACGGACCCAUUUCCAUGGGAGCAAAGGGUGAGCUUUGCAAAGAGCAUCGCUUCUGGCAUGGCCUACCUUCACUCAAUGAGCAUCAUACACAGAGACCUCAACUCUCACAACUGCCUGGUUAAACUGGACAACACUGUGGUCGUUGCUGACUUUGGACUCUCCCGACUCAUAGUAGAGGACAAAGUAAAGCCCCCACCUGAAAAACCUUCCACUAAGAAGAGGGUUUUCAGGCGUAUUGACCGAAAGAAACGGUACACUGUUGUGGGAAACCCUUACUGGAUGGCUCCAGAGAUGCUAAAUGGUAAACGCUAUGAUGAGAAGGUGGACAUUUUCUCCUUUGGAAUUGUGCUUUGUGAGAUCAUUGGAAAAGUCUAUGCAGACCCCGAGUGCCUCCCCAGGACGCUGGACUUUGGCCUGAAUGUUGGCAAGUUUGUGGAGAAGUUCCUCCCUGAAGACAGUCCACCAGCUUUCUUUCCAUUGGCUGUGGCCUGCUGUGACCUCACACCAGACAAUCGUCCACCUUUCCAGAAGCUGGAGGACUGGUUUGAAGCUCUGUCCCUCAACCAGGAGCUGGGGAUCCCCCUGCCAGCUGAACUGGAUGAACUGCAUCAGAGCCUGAGUCAACUGCACUGGCCUAAAGAUGGCUCUCCGACGCAGAGCUCAGAUCAGCCGUCGACGCCGACAGCAGCCUCUCCAGACUCUUCUGGCAUGACAGACAAUGGCACCUAGGACCUGCUCCUCCCUUAUUUGAUCUCUCUGAACUGCUGCACUAAUACUCUGGAUGUGAAAAAGAGGAAAACUGCAUUGAACCCGAGCCAUAUUGGAACUGGAUAACCUGAGGUAGCUGGACCAAUCUUCUCCCUAUGUGGGACCUUAACUCUGAGAGUUCCACUCAAAAGAUGAGGGGGAAAGACACAUUUCAAAAAGACAAGUGUUAGUUACUAAUUUCAGCCCCCACUCAAGUCACAGGGUUGUACUAAUGUUUACUGUGUAUAAAGACAAAAUGCAACGAGGACGAACGUCUUUAUAAGGUGAAAAACCUCAUCGAGUUCCCACAUGACAGAAGUUUUGUUUUUCUCACUCUGAAGCUGUUGUUUGCCAUGUGUGGAAUGUACACAUCAGUCCUUGCCCAGAAGAAGACUCACUUCACCGCAGCAGCAAAGAAAACAAAAGAGGCUUGACAGCGAAGAGCUGAUUGACAUGUCCAAGUAAACAGAGGGCAAGGCUCAAAGAAGACAGGAGUGACUUAAGGCAGCGGUGAAGGCGUAACAAACACUGACCCUAAAUAGUUUCAUCACUCUGAGAUUUGGCACAAGAUGGCAAAGGAAUGUUUAGAUUUUAUUUUUGUCCAAGCACCACUGAUCAAAUCUUUGACGAGAUAGUUACAAGUAUGGCUCUGUACUUUGUAAUCUAAUGAUUUAAAUUCACUCAGAAUGAUGAAUGGACACUAUUUGGAUUUUGACAUUUUUUUCAUGCCUAUUAAACAACAGAAAGGCAGAAACUCUUCUGGAAAAGAAGGGCAACAAUUGUCAAACUUAACCAAGCAAGAGUUGACCUUAAUAAGUUGCAAUACACUUGUACAGAAGAACUGGAUUUUUUUUCUUAAGCAGUGUAUAUAAAUAUGUACAUAUAAUGCCUCUAAUUGGACGUCAUUUUCUAAUGGGAACUUUAGAUUUGUAGAUUUUUAGACAUUUCGUCAACGAUGGACGUUUUUGCCUUUUUUGCUAUCAUCACGCAAGGUACUGACGACCAGUUGUAACCACUAUUAUUUAUAUCACUUUAGUGUUUCAUAAAUAAACCUUCAGAAAGUUGAA